AAUGCAACUGAUAUAAAUUGUAUGAUUACUGAUUAUCACAUGUACGUGUAUCUAAUCUGCUCACAAUAUAUAUAGAUAAAAGUAAAAUCGUAUAUAGGAUUUCACGGCGAUUAGUUUCUACAAGAUUUCACUGCAAGAGAGAAGACGAUGAGGACUUCACUUGCUUACACUUUCGCCGCAUUAUGCUUUGUUUCCGGUAGUAUUGGGCGAAAGGGAUUUGGUCCUGGAGAACAAGAAUGGAAUUUCGUUAAAGUACGCGAUAGAGCUUUCAUGUUCUGGUGGCUCUACUAUACUACAGCAAACGUUGAUUCAUAUUACGAUAGACCUUUACUUAUCUGGUUGCAAGGUAAAUUACCAGGCGAAUCUUCAACGAGUUAUGGAAAUUUCGAGAGAUUGGGACCCCUCGAUGCGAACCUAAAUCCGAGGAAUUAUACUUGGGUCAAGGACUAUAAUGUUCUCUUUAUCGAUAGCCCUGUUGGUACGGGCUUUAGUUAUGCUCAAAUCGAGGCUCGAUACACGAAGGCGAACGAGCAGAUCGCGAAGGAUCUUGUGGAAUGUAUGCGAGGUUUUUAUAAGGAAUUACCACAAUUCCGGAAUGUCCCAACGUACAUCACGACAGAAGCGUACGGUGGAAAAAUGGGUGCGGAGUUUGCGUUACUCUGGGAUGAAGCUCAGAAAAACGGCACUAUCAACAGUAAUCUCAAGGGAAUCGCCCUCGGAGACGCUUGGAUCUCUCCUAUCGACUCCGUGUUGACAUGGGCACCAUAUCUACUCAACGCAGGUACUAUUGACACAGAAGGUUUCGAAAAAAUUGACACUGCAGCACAAAAAGUGAAAAAGAUGAUCGAUAUGCUCGCCUGGACUGCAGCGACUGAAGAGUGGUCUAACACACAAAAAGUUGUUUUCCAAGAGACUUACAAUAUCGACUUUCAUAAUAUUCUUACAAAGAUGAGCCCAUUCGUACAAACAAACACUUUAAUGUAUUCACAUUUAAAGCAAUCUGAGACUUUCUCCCUUGAUGAUUUGAUGAAUGGCCCAGUCAGAGAAGCGCUUGGUAUUAACACCAAGUAUAUGCACGGCGAACAAUCCCGCAAAGUUUUUGAAUACUUAAUGGGAGAUUUUAUGAAGCCUGUUACUCACAUAGUGGAAAGAUUACUUAAUGAAACUGACCUGAACAUAUUUGUGUAUAGCGGACAAUUGGAUUUAAUUGGCAAUACACCAAGUACCCUUGUCUGGAUUGAUAAACUAAAAUGGGAAAACAUUGAUGCUUGGAAAAACUCAAACAGAAAUCCAAUAGUCGUUGAAAACAUUAUCGAAGGCUAUUUCAAGAUUCAAGAUAAUUUCAGAAUGUAUUGGGUGAAUAGAGCUGGACAUAUAGUACUGAAGGACCACCCAAUAGUCCAGGAGAUAAUACUACGAGAUUUAACAAGCAAUGCAAACAAAUAAAGUGAAACUUGAUUACUAUUUUUAUAUUUAAAAUGAGUAUGUAAUUUAUAUGAUUCUCUAUUCAAUCCCUUACAUAAUUUUUUGUACGAAAGGGAAGAAAUUAAUAUAAUUAUGACAUGACAAAUAUCUAUUCAUUCAAAAACAAUUCCGAUCACAUUAUCAUAUGUUGAAUUAAAAAUUGACCCUAUAUUAUCUAUGUUUUGGAUUUUAUGUAAUCACUUUUAUCUGAUUUAUAUAUGCAUUAAUUUAUCAAAAUAUACAUGAAAUGAAAGAAGAAUUAUAUGUAAACAAAUUGCCCAAUUAA